AUGCAGUUUGAGAACGACCCGCAGCUGCAGAAAUACUAUGUCAUCGAUCUUGUGGGGGAGGGGUCGUUCGGGAAGGUGUACAAGGGCCGGCGGCGCUGCACGGGGCAGAUCACGGCCAUGAAGUUCAUUGUGAAGCAGGGAAAGAGUGAGAAGGACAUCAAGAACCUGAGGCAGGAAAUCGAGAUCCUGCGCCACCUGCGCCACGAGAAUAUCAUUCAGAUGCUGGAUGCAUUUGAGACUAAGGACCACUUUGUGGUUGUCAUGGAGUUUGCCCAGGGGGAGCUAUUUGAGGUGCUGGAAGACGACCAGUCACUGCCAGAGGAGGUGGUGCAGAACGUGGCAAAGCAGCUGGUCCACGCAUUGCACUACCUCCAUUCCAACCGCAUCAUCCACCGCGACAUGAAGCCCCAGAACAUCCUCAUCGGCGCCAACGGCGCCGUCAAGCUUUGCGACUUUGGCUUUGCGCGUGCCAUGAGCUGCAGCACCAUGGUGCUCACCAGCAUCAAGGGCACGCCGCUCUACAUGGCGCCAGAGCUGGUGCAGGAGCAGCCCUAUAACCACACGGUCGACCUCUGGUCACUGGGUGUCAUCCUGUAUGAGCUGUACGUGGGGCAGCCACCCUUCUACACCAACAGCAUCUAUUCCCUCAUCCACCACAUCGUCAAGGACCCCGUGAAGUUCCCCGAGAAGAUCUCGCCAGAGUUCAAGUCCUUCCUCAAGGGGCUGCUCAACAAGAGGCCCGGGGACAGGCUGGGGUGGCCUGAGCUGCUGGAGCAUCCUUUUGUGCGCGAAACGGAUGAGGAGCGGCGGCGGCGUGACCUAGCGCUGGCAGAUGCAGUGGAGCUGGCGGACAGCAGCAGGGCCUGGAAGCGGUGA